AGUUAAAAGUUUGCUUAUCGACUCCUUUAGCUCCACUUGGCACUUCCUCGUUUUUUGUUCGUGGACUUUGACAGCUGUUGUUUUUCUGCUCAAUCGAAUUUCUUUCGAUUCGAGGGUUACAAUUAUUUUACAAAAUCGUGUUCGCCGUUAAAGGGUACAGUACGGGUGUGCGAAACAAAAGUUUGUUGAAUUAUUUGUGGAAAACAGAAGGAAAUAUGACAACCUUGCGCCAUUGUUUGAGGUUCUUGAGUAUUCCCAGGUCAAGAACAUUUUCCUCCGCUCCUGACUCUCUGGCUAAAGUUGAUGUCAACUUAAAAACUGGCGUAGCUGUGGUCAGCAUGCAGAGAUUACCUGUCAAUAGUCUCAAUCUUGAACUCCUAGAGGCUUUGGGUAGAACGUUCGAUGAGCUAGAGAAGAACAAGUGCCGAGGCAUGAUUCUUACUUCUGAGUCACCGACGGUGUUCAGUGCUGGUCUGGACAUCAUGGAAAUGUACAAGCCCGACCCUGCGAGAGUGAAGCAGUUCUGGACAACUCUACAGAAUACGUGGAUGAAACUCUACGGCUCGUCGUUCCCUACGGUCGCUGCUAUCAAUGGCCAAAGUCCAGCUGGAGGUUGUUUAUUGGCUCUCAGCUGUGAGUACAGAGUCAUGGUUGGCGGCAAAAAUGUCAUCGGACUUAACGAGACCAAGUUGGGCAUCAUCGCACCCAAGUGGUUCAUGGACUGCAUGCGUAACGUAAUAGGAGAGCGACAGGCGGAGCUGGCUCUGACCUUGGGUAAGCUGUUCCCAGCAGACGACGCACUCAAGGUGGGGCUGGUGGACGAACUAGCAACAGAUAAAGCAGACGCUCUAGCCAAGGCGGAACAGUUCUUGGCAUCUUUUGCUAAAGUGCCAGCAAUGGCAAGAGCGUACACCAAACAGGGUUACAGGAAUGAGACAAUUGAUUGGCUAAGAAAGAACCAAGAAAAAGAUCUACAGACGUUUUUGAACUACGUUAACCAACCACAAGUCCAGCAGGGAUUGGAAAUGUACCUCCAGAGUUUGAAGAAGAAAUAGAGGAUGAAUUGAAAUUAUAUUGUCUAAGCACAGGGUAGGUAUAUUGUUUUCAUUAAAAAAUAUUAUUCGGACCUUAUGACUUUUCAGGAUAAGAAUUUAAAUUUGAAACAAAAUCCAACAUUGUACAAAUGUUUUAUUUUUGUAUGAGAUUUACAUUAUUUUUGUUAACGUAGACAAAAAUCGGUGGUCAACAAAACCCACAGUAAUCUAAAAGCUGUUUUAAACAGAGCUGACUUGAUUUUUCAUUUUUUAUAUUUAUAUACCGACUUUUUUAACUUUUUUAGACACAUUUUAGAGAUCCUAAGUACUCAUUGAGCCAUUGCUAAUUAUAAAAUGGUGGGUUUGGAUAUAACUGUAGAUUGCCGUUUGUUAUGAUUCUAUUUUGCAUAAAAGCUCAAAAAGAAAUAGGAACUUUGUUUAGUAUGCAAGUUUUCUGUUACUUAAUUAUUAUUUUUUUAAUGUUAAAUGUACUGUUGUACAAAUUUUUACUUGAUUUUGUAUUUUGUUGUGUACCUAGUUGUCGUGUACCGGUACCAUUUAUCUGUUGUGUCUAUUCAAUAUUUUAUGUAAACACUUUUCUCUACUUUUAGUAUUAGUAUUAUAUUGCUAAUUUUUUUAUGCUAUAACCCUAAUAAGCA